AAUUACAUUUUUAUAGUAGUGAAUUGUUAGAAUGUGACUUGAAAGACAGUGUAAAUGGAUCCACAAUUAAUGCAAGUCAAUUAGAAAUUAUUGAUCAAAACUUUAGUGAAGAAUUCGAGCAUAUUUCUGAAUCUUGCCAACUACAACUAGACAAUAUUGAUGGUACAAAUUUAUCAAUUGAGGAAGCUGUCGAUGUUUCAA